UAUAAAAGAAUCAACUGACGCAUGAGCGUUACAGUCAGGUUUUCAGCACAAGACACAGCAGACGACAAAAUGGAUAUUCUCGGUGUAGCCGUGCCUAUCUGGGUCAUUCUUUUGCUGGUAGCCAUCCUAAUUUAUACAUUCAUGAUGAGCCGUGACUUUUUAACGUUCAAGCGGAUGGGUAUACCCGGACCGACACCUCUACCAAUCGUCGGUAACGUGAUAGCUUUGGCGUCUAAGGGUAUUCGCGCGUUUGACCUUAACGCACUUAACAAGUAUGGCAAGGUGUAUGGACAUUUCGACGGGUUCGCUGCAAAUCUAGUGGUAGCAGACAAAGAGAUGCUGAGGGAAAUACUGGUGAAGCAGUUUAAUAACUUCUCAGAUAGAUUUUCCCUUGAAGAAUUCAGUGGAGACUUGAGACAUGGACUGACGGAUGUAAAGGGAGAACACUGGAAACAAAACAGGAGUACUAUCACACCCACGUUUUCAUCCGGAAAACUUCGCAAGAUGGUGCCCCUUAUUCAGAAAGCGUGUGACACGCUCAUGAAAACUUCCCGGAAGCUUAUAAAGAGUGGAGACGAUGGCCAAGUGGAAAUGAAAAGAUUAUUUGGGGGAUUUUCAAUGGAUGUCAUCAGUUCCACGGCUUUCGGUAUUCAGGUGGAUUCCCAGAGUAACCCGGAUGACCUUUUUGUAAAACACGCUCAGAAGAUGUUUGACUUUUCGGUUACCAAUCCUUAUAUGCUCUUUAUGAUGUACUUGCCGGCGUUAAAACCUCUGUUUCUGAAACUUGGUGUGUGCGUCUUCCCACGGGAUAGUAUGGCCUACUUUCGAAAACUUACUUAUCAGCUGCUGGAUGAAAGGAGAAGAAACAAGGAGGUAGAUCGCAAGGAUUUCCUCCAGUUGAUGAUCAAUGCCCAGGAAGGUCGAUUGGAACUUGGUGAUGAAGAUUCAGAAGAACAGGGCGGCAAUUCGUCAAAACAAAAUAUCCGUGGCCUAACAUUUGAUGAAAUCGUGGGAAAUGCAGAAUUAUUCUUUGCUGCUGGCUACGAAACGACGGCUUUGACACUUACCAUGAAUGCAUACAACCUCGCUACGAACCCAGAAUGUCAGGAAAGGCUACGUCAGGAAAUUGUGGAAAAGAUCGGGUCGGAAAAAAUUGACACUGAGAACGUCACGAAACUUCAGUAUCUCGACAAGUGUAUUAAUGAAACACUACGGAUGUUCUCUCCGGCUUUGAGAAUCGACAGAGUGUGUGUAAAAACGACAAAGGUCAAGGACAUCACGAUACCAGCCGGGAUGAUCGUGACUGUACCAGUAUAUGCGAUUCAUCAUGAUCCUGAAGUUUGGGAGAAACCCGAUGUUUUCAAUCCAGAGAGAUUUUCUGCAUCUGAGAGAGCUAACCAAGAUCCAUUGGAUUUUAUGCCGUUUGGGUAUGGGCCCCGUAGCUGUAUCGCUAUGCGACUUGCUUUACUGGAGGCUAAAAUGGCUACAGCUGAUAUCGUGCAAAACUUCAGGUUUAGUGUCGGCAGCAAGACUGAUAUCCCACCGAAAAUGAAAGACGAAGAUUUAUUAAAGCCUAAACAUCUGUGGUUGAAGAUGGAGGAGAUCAAGUGAGAGAGCACAUUUGCGCAACAGUGAAGCAACUGGCAGGAAACUGCAAUAUUAUUGCCAUCGUACUCAAAGUCACUCCCUUUAAAUAAUGGAAAACUAGUCUAUCAGCCAAUUAUAUGUAUUUAUAUUAUAUUUAAUAUACUCAUAUUUACAUUAUAAUCAGUCAAGAGUGACCACCUACCUACAUCUUCACCAUUUGCAAGGGUGUUUUCCGUGUGUUUUCCUCCUUUCAAUUUGCAUCCUAAUUAACGAGACCAUCAUUUCCUGUGCACUUAUGUUUUUUUCUCGUUUGUCUUGUGAUGUGUAAAAUCGUUAGUCAAAACAUUUUCGCGUGGAAAAGAAUUGUUUAUACUGUAAACAUUGAAACUUCACCGUUUUCUACAAAUAGAUUAGUUUGAAACUAAAGGCAUCUUAUAUACAUGUAAACACAUCUUUGGAUAUCAGCAUUGUUUUCCAAAUGACAUCACUAAGAUCUGCUUUCGAAUUCGACCAUUUUUUUUUCUUUUUUUCUUUUGAGGAUUUUGACUCUUGUUUCUGACACGUUACCAAUCUAUUUGAGCUUGGAUACAUUAUAUAUAUAGUUUAACGUUUUUAGCUCACCUGCCCGAAGGCCAAGUAAGCUUAUGUCAUGGUGCAGCGUCUGUCGUCCGUUUGCA